AUGGAGUCAAUAUUCUGUUUUGAUUUGGUCAUUCUGGGUAACUCCAACGUGGGAAAGUCGUCCUUGCUCUCGCGCUACGUAUAUAACAAUCUUCCUGAACAAAUUCAAAACACAUCGGGAGUGGAAUUUCUGAAAAAAACUAUUUUUGAACCUCAAAUAGUUGCCAGACUGAAGAUCUGGGAUACUGCGGGUCAAGAGCGAUUUAGGAAUAUAAUACGAACACAUUAUACAAACUCCGAGGGUGCCCUGUUGGAUUACGAUAUUCACGAUCGGGAUAGCUACAAUGAUGCCAUAAAAUGGGCCGAGGAACUCAAUGAUUGGGUUUAA